AUCUGUUAAAAUAUUGGUCUGACUAGCGGAUCGGAGUGGGUAUAUGAAGUGAGUUCUGAGUGUGUCGACUCGAAUGUAAAGACGCCUGUCUAGAGGGACCGGAGGGCGGGGACCCAGAAGAAGGAGGCACUCAGGACUGGGGAAGUGUUCGGUGGUGGUGGGGGUUAGCGUGGGAGGAAGGGAGACCAGCUGUCUGAGCGACGCGUAGAGGAAUAAAGAAAGAGAGGUAAGAAGGAAAGGGGAACUGGAAGGAAAAGCCAGUGGGAGGAAGCCUGGAGAAGGAAGCUGGAAAAAGAAAAAAACAACACUGGCAAAGUCUAGAGAGAGAGAGGGAGAGAAGGAACUAGGAGACGAGGGUCACAGAGUGACCCGGGAGGAUGGGGUUUCUGGAAUGCGAGACUUCUGAGAUUGGAGACUGACGGAUUGGAUUGAUUGGAGUCGGCGGAGUCCGGCUCCCGCAGCUAGUUGGGCAGCGACAAAGUGAAAUGGACAGCGUGAAACAGAUGUUCCAGCCACAUCUCCACCACCCAGAAAUUUGGAAGCUGCUCUCAGCUCAACUACAGUUUCCUAGCUGGAGCCUCUGAGCGCUCAGGACCGGCGGGAGCCAAGCGAGAGAGUGCGCCGGGAAGCUGCUCCUCUCAGACGCCUUCGCCAGAACUGUAAGAACUUCCCGCUCCAGUCCCUGGAUCCCCUCCCUCUGAAAUCCCCCCAGAAAAGGAGGAAGACCCUAGGGGGAGGGGCGAGGGAGAUCCUCUUGCAGCUCUUUCCCCCUCCCUUCCCCAACCCCACCAGGAGUGCAGGCAGGCAUGGAUAUGCUCAGUCUUGGCGAGGGCAACAACACCACUUCGUCCCAGGAGCCCUUCGGGACAGGCGGCAACAUUACUGACAUCUCCGACGUGACCUUCAGCUAUCAAGUGAUCACCUCUUUGCUUCUGGGCACGCUCAUUUUCUGCGCGGUGCUGGGCAAUGCCUGCGUGGUGGCUGCUAUCGCCCUGGAGCGCUCCCUCCAGAAUGUGGCCAACUAUCUCAUCGGCUCCUUGGCGGUCACCGACCUCAUGGUGUCAGUGCUGGUGCUGCCCAUGGCUGCUCUGUACCAGGUGCUCAACAAGUGGACUCUGGGCCAGGUUACCUGUGACCUGUUUAUUGCCCUGGAUGUGCUGUGUUGCACCUCGUCCAUCCUGCACCUGUGCGCCAUCGCGCUAGACAGGUACUGGGCGAUCACCGACCCUAUAGACUACGUGAACAAGAGGACGCCUCGGCGCGCUGCUGCGCUGAUCUCGCUCACUUGGCUCAUUGGCUUUCUCAUCUCCAUCCCGCCCAUGCUGGGCUGGCGCACCCCGGAAGACCGCUCGGACCCCGACGCGUGCACCAUCAGCAAGGACCACGGCUACACCAUCUACUCCACUUUCGGAGCUUUCUAUAUUCCGCUGCUGCUCAUGCUGGUUCUCUAUGGGCGCAUUUUCCGAGCCGCGCGCUUCCGGAUCCGCAAGACUGUCAAGAAGGUAGAAAAGAAGGGAGCGGGCGACAGUUUCAGUACAUCGUCGGCCCCGCCCCCCAAGAAGAGUCUGAAUGGACAGCCAGGUAGUGGGGACUGGAGGCGCAGCGCUGAGAACAAGGUUGUGGGGUCUUCAUGCGCUAAUGGUGCAGUGAGGCAGGGUGACGACGAUGCCACCCUGGAGGUGAUCGAGGUGCACCGAGUGGGUAACUCCAAAGAGCACCUGCCGCUGCCCAGCGAGUCCGAAGCUACAUCUUACGUCCCAGCUUGUUUGGAGAGAAAAAAUGAGCGGAAUGCUGAGGCUAAGCGCAAGAUGGCCCUGGCCCGUGAGAGGAAGACAGUGAAGACGCUGGGCAUCAUUAUGGGUACUUUCAUUCUCUGCUGGCUGCCCUUUUUCAUUGUGGCUCUGGUCUUGCCGUUCUGUGAGAGCAGCUGCCACAUGCCUGCGUUGUUGGGUGCCAUAAUCAACUGGCUGGGCUACUCCAACUCCCUGCUCAACCCAGUUAUUUAUGCUUAUUUCAACAAGGACUUUCAAAACGCAUUUAAGAAGAUCAUCAAGUGCAAGUUCUGCCGCCGAUGAUGAUGAUGAUGACGACGAUGAUGGUGGUGAUCGUGUUGAUGGAGAAGGAGGAAGAUGGGGUGGGCUGUAGGGUUUGCAGGACCCUCCCCACUCACUCAGUAUCUCAGCCCUGGAAGCAACACCUAAGAUAACUUGCUUUUCUUAUGAUAUGCAGCUUCUUGGCCCAUGCUUUCAGAUCUUGCUCUCUCUCUAAUCCUUUUCAAGGGAAUAGUGCUCUUUGCAGAAACCCUAGAAGCCUCCUAGAGUCUAUGUGAAAAGUUAUUGGCUCGGUCUUUGGCCCUAGGAUCAGUUUUGAUAGUUGCAAUAACCUUUUCCCUCUUCGAAAUUAAACCUCGGCGGUUCAAGGUAGAAAAUCCAAACAAAAAAUAUAAACUGCAUGGACAUCUUCCAUGAGAACUGCCACCCCUCUGCCCUACUUCUGGAACUUUGAGGUUCAAGACUUUGCUUGUUUGCCCCUCCCUCUUGCUUUAGAAGCAUCUACUCCCCCUUGGGUGUCAAUCCUCUCCUUUGAGUCUGGCUCUUAGGCACUCACUGCUGCUCUGAAAAAGCAGUUGGGACUACUUUGGCCUAUGGUGCCCAGAAAAUCCCUGCCUUGCUGUAUAGCACAUACGCCCACCCCCAACCUCCUGCACAGCGCCCACUUUCUGUGUUUUCUUGAACUCAAAAUCAAAUGGUAAAGGUUUCUGUUGGAGUGGAUUUUUAAGUAUGAAUCCUGGCCAGUGGGGAGGAGCCGGGAAGGUUUGUGGAUGGUUUCUUUUCUUGGUGUCAGCACUCACCAGAGAAACUGACAAUCAGACUGUUUGGAAGGCGGACUUUUAUUUGUAUACUUUGUUGGCCUUUCUAUAAGUUCUAUAAGUUCUGGCAAGGCCACGUGUCUACUACAGGAGGCGCUCACUGCUGGCCAGGGAGGGCAAACUGGGUUCUCUGAGAUGCCAGCGAUGGCGUGCCCCCACCCUUCCCUAGGUUUCUGGCGGGGACCUCCUCUAGAGAGCCCAGGGUUUGCAGCAUUCAAGUUCCUCUGCCUCACCUUAUCUACAGAGUUCAGGAGCUGGUGAGAACUUAGCGUUUGUGCACGAGGGAGGAGGAGACCUUGCACCAAGUGCAAGAGACCUAGAAAUCUCUGUGUGGGUGUGGGGCAUGUGGAGACAGGAAAAGAGCAAAAAGGCUCCGAAGUGUUUCCAACUCCCGAGGCGUGUCCUGAGGAAGCUAAAAGCGCAAUUUUAAGCAUAGGAUGCAAAUUUUCUCAAUCCACCCCUUCCCCCUUUCGACUGAGGAAAGUAUAUUCCAAUAAUGCCUGGAUUUAUUCUCCCAGACAUCCAGGGCGCAUACAAAAUUAGCAGAAUUCUGGGCUCUCAUUUGAAGGGUUUCAACAUCUCACGAUUACUUAGGAGUUUGAUCUCAGAGACAGAUACCUAAAGGAGACCUCAGAGGAUGAACGGGUUAGAGGGAGCUUUCCGCGGAGUCUCAGGAUCUAGAGGAUUAAUUUAUCCCUGGCUCUUCUACCCCAGAAUUCUGCGGGGAGGGGGGGGGACCGGAUUUGUUUGUGCCCUUUUAAUUUGUAGAGCGUUCUUUGCUUAGGCGUUCUCUCCCUGCAGUUAUUUCUGGAAAAUUAUUUUGGUGCUUCCUUUGGAUGUACAUUCCCAGCUACGUGAGAAGGCAACAAGAGGUUUGUGUUAAGUCUGAAGUCCAAAUUUUCUGUUGAGUAAUGGUUUCAUUUCCCAGUAAUCACAGGGAGUUUUCUCAUUUCCCUUCCCUUCAGUUGUAUCUUUCCAAUGUCUACACCUGCUGUUUUAAAAACCGUGGUGCAUAUUUUCAUUGCCAAAGUUGUCGGUGAGAUGUCUCCCUUGUGUUUAUAAGUAGGGUGAAAGGACCAAGGGGUCACAUGAAGCCCUGGGUUUGUUCGUCAAACUGAACAAAGCCUCUAUUUGGUGUCUUUUGCUCUACUCCAGAGUGGGAAUGAAAUGGUAUCAUACUGUAAAAGCUGUUUCAGACCUUAAGCCUGCUGGAUAUCUGCAUGUGAGAGGCAGGCUUCUGAGGGUCUGUGGAGACAAUACAGGAUACAAAUUCUCUAGUACAAAUACUACUUGUUUGCAAAUUAAAAAAAAUUUGCACACAAAAAUUGAAUAGAAGUAUACGACCAACCGAAUUGUUUUUCUGUAUAUUUUACUAUUUUUAGAACAGAUUCUUUAUUUUAAAUAAAUCGAACUCCAAAUUUCAGAUCUUAUACCGGAAACCAAGACUUUUAACUUCUAGUUAUUUGUAUUUUUUUUCCCAUAAGAAUGUUUGGCUAUGAUGGGGGUGGGGUGGUAUUUGCUCCUGCUGUCUUGAGAUAAAGACUUUAAACAAGACUGGAAAGGGGGCACCAACUGGAAUAUAAUUUCCAAUUAAUAGAGAAACAAGUGCAACUGCUGCACAGCUCUGAAGAACCCCAGAUGCUUGUUUUAUUUUAAAAUACUUGUAUUAAGGUAAAAUAUUCAUGCACAACAACUGGCCCUCACUUCUACUUGUGACAAUAAAGGACUUUAAUAAUGGCAAUGCUGUAAUAAAGACCAGUAACCCAUGUAUCUUUAUUUAUUCAGUGUCUCCAUUUGUGUUAGUUAUAUUAAUAC